CAGGACGGCGCGCGGCGGAAGCGGGGCCUCGUCGGGAGCGCGGCGCCAUGGCCGCCGGCUCUGCCGUGGUGCUGGCGCGGGCCUUGGAGGCGCUCGAUGUUGGCGGUGCAGCAGAUAAGAUUAGUUUAAUACCUCAGGACUUCUUUGCAGAACUAUGUGAGCAAAUAAUUCAACAUCUGAACCAUAAGAUCCCAGGUGUAAAUACAGUUGAACUGUGUCGGAGACUGCAGACAUCUGGGAUUGAAAUCAGUGUGGGUGAGCUGGCAAAAAUAACUAAUGUUGUUUCCUUUCUGUUUAGCACAGCAGCCCGAAACAACCUCUCUACAGAAGACCUCGUCACUACCUUGGGCAAUGCAGUCAGCACACUGCCUAAACAUGCUGUGCAAGUCAUUCGUCACGUAUGGAAUGAGCAGAGCAAAUCUGUCAGCGUGUCAGAAGAUGUAGGAAGCAUGGCCACAGUGGGGCAGUUUGUAGAUAUUAAAUGGAAGCUUGGAGUUGCAAUGAGCUCUGACACCUGCAGGUCUCUGAAGUAUCCUUAUGUUACAGUGACACUAAAAGUGGCCGACCCUUCAGGACAAAUAACAAACAAAACGUUUGAAAUGACAAUCCCACAGUUCAAGAACUUCUUCAGACAGUUCAAGGAAAUGGCAGCUGUUCUUGAAACAGUUUGAACAGAACUUUUAUUUGCACUACAGUUUCUGACAGACUUGCAUCAAGUAAGGUUUCUGUUCUGCAAAAGGAACAAGUGCCAUUGUUCAGCGAGGUAUGCAUCCUUGUCUCUUCGGCAGUUAGCAGCAGCAUCAUAUGUUUUUGGCAGCACCAUCCUUGCAUUGCUGUGAAGAUUUCUUUGUUUUUGAAUACUUGAAGUCAACUCUACAACAUCUGUAAACUGGUCAGAUUUCUUAAUCCUCUUAAACAAAAGAUCAGGAUGUGUACAGAGAAGCGGUGCUACAGACUUUCUACUAUCCAAGAGUAAAAGUACUUUUAAGAAACAAGAUGUUUAGCUCUGAAGUGCAGAAAGACAUGAAAAGGUUAAUUUACUGAAAAGUGUAAAUGCCAUGAUAAGUUUUGUCUAUAAAAUUGCGAUGUGCUUGGAAUCAAUGAGAUCAUUAACUAUAGAGUAUAUAAAAUUAUGACAUAAGCGUACGUAUUCCUGAAAAGUAGCAAUGUCAUAUAGUUAGUUGCAGAUGUUUGCAGACCAGCCUUUCAGUCAUCUUUUAACUGGAGCAUGUAUUUGUCUUAACAGCUUGGUUAUUUUUAAAUACUUCUCAUCCCCCAGACUUCUAAAAACUGAGUUAAUGCAUAAAACUUCUCUGGAGAUCUAAACUUUUUCUGAAAUGAAGCCUGGAGGCUAGUUUUAUAUAUAGGAAGAAAGAUUAACUUAAUUCAAAAGCAUUUUAAUAUAUUUUUGCCUUUCUAUUUAAUCCAACUCUGUGGCACUCUGUUUUGAAUAGCAGUUUGCCUUCUAAUUAAAUUAGAAUAUUGAUGCAGUUGUCUCACUCUGUGCUCUGAACUAAAAAAGAUAGAGAGGACACUUGAAAGCUCAGGCUGGUGUGUUUGCCAAGAAGAUCAGAAAAACUAGUGUAGUGUAGUCAGCAAGAUUUCUGUGCUUGCUGUAUUGUGUGGCAGAAAUCUUCUGGACUGUGUUGCUCUCUUGCUCUCACAGUGUCCUAACCGGUCAAAUUUUGACUUUGAUUCUGAAGGAGAAUGGGGACAUUUUCAAAGGGUGGGGGGCUCAAAUCCAGUGUGUUCGCAUGCUCUUCUUCAUUUCAUUUUUCUGAGUUUUACUAAACAAAACCUAAACUACAAAUGGGGUGAAGUAAGAACACUACCGUUGCAUUGCAGGAGCUGCUGGUGAUGUGGUAAAGCAGGUAAGUCUGAAGAGAGAAUUCAUAGUGAUAAUCAGGCUGAAAUUUGUUGUAACUUCAGGAUGGUAGAGACCAAGAACUAGUUCUGUUGGGGCAGAUCCUCAAGUGAUUUCAGGCUCCCUUAAAUGAGAAUACCUACCUUUCUGAUCCAAAAAAUAUUUUAUUAACUUUUUUUAGAAGCUGGCUGGAAGUCGUUGAUGCAAGUUUUGCCUGCCUUUGUCUCAUGAAAAAUAGACUGCAAUGCAUAAAAUGCAUUGUGCUCAAAGCAUACUGCACUCCUGUUAAUAGAGAAGGGGUGUAUCUCUUUGUAAGCAUUAUGCAUAGUACAUAAAAACAGUUCAUGGAGCUUCUUAGAACCCAAUUAAGUGAAACUGUUUUCUUUGUUACAAGGCAGUAAAAGUCUUGGCCAUUGGUCUGAACAAUAAUUCCUCUGUGCUGCUGUGGUCAGGUGUUUCCUUCAAGGCUGGGGAGAGCAGAAUGCUGUUUUCUGGGACUCUCAAUGGAUUGUCACAAUGAUUUCAAGAAAACAUUUAUUUGCCUUUUCCCUUGUCUGUCUCCAAGGGCUUGGGGCUCAACAUGAUGCAAAAAAUGCCAUGUGGAAAAGUGAGCAGCUGGUAUUUUUACUACUGUUUUUUGAUGGGCAGAAGUUGGACUUACAUAACUUAUAUAACUGGAAAACACUGUCAUGCUUUGGUCUAGUGAAUUAAUUGGUUUUGAUCAUUGUAAGAAUU